ACGCCUUCACCUUCACCCCCAGGUACGUCAACCCCCAGCGCAUUGCCAGCAUCCCCGAGAUCAGCUGGUUGUCGGCCUGGUUAUCUUAUUUACUCGCUGGUUCUGGUAACCCUCGCAAGCUAAUCACGACUUCUUCAUUCCCUCCAGGGCCUCCGAUUCCUCUUCCGCCUGCGCCGCCAAGAUGCGAUACAUCCACAGUCUCGAGACCCUAGAGAUUCCUGAGGGAGUCAAGGUCCAUAUCAAGUCCCGCAACGUCACAGUCGAGGGCCCCCGAGGAAAGCUAUCCAAGGACCUAAGCCAUAUCGCCGUCAACUUCUCGCGGCCUAAGAAGAACGUAAUCGGCAUUGAGAUCCACCACGGGUCGCGGAAGGAUGUCGCCACCCUUCGAACCGUCCGAACGCUCAUCUACAACCUGAUCGUCGGCGUCACCAAGGGCUUCAAGUACAAGAUGCGCUACGUCUACGCCCACUUUCCCAUCAAUGUCAACAUCGAGAAGAACAGCGAGACUGGUGUCUUCGAAGUCGAGAUCCGAAACUUCAUCGGAGAGAAGCUAGUCCGGAGAGUAACCAUGCACCCCGGUGUCGAGGUUGAGAUCUCAUCAGCCCAGAAGGACGAGCUGAUCCUCUGGGGCAACUCCCUAGAGAACGUCUCGCAAAGUGCCGCCGACAUCCAACAGAUCUGCCGAGUCCGAAACAAGGAUAUCCGAAAGUUCUUGGACGGCAUGUACGUGUCCGAGAAGGGCCACGUCGCGGCGGAUGAAUAGACGCGCGCGCGCGCGGAGCAUAAUGGUUUCUUUUUGCUUUCAAGGGUCUCAAUUACGGAGUCGCCGGGGUUCAUCUGCAUGUCACGUAGCGAAACAUAGCU